UGGGGGUAGCAGUCUUUCUAUUUUCAAUGACAGAUCCCAUGGACGCGUCCAAUUCGAGGUGACGCGUUGUUUGUUGUUGUGAUGUCGUAAAUGACGGUCCGCCAACGCUCUUCACGACCGGUGAAUACGAGGGAGCCUCUGCUUUGGUAAGAUGAGCCCUGACUAGGAGAGCAAAUUGCGAAUUUGCGCCUUGUGGUCGGCCGAGUUUCGCUAUGGGGACGCUCCCGUAGUCGAGUGUGAUGGGUCAUUUGUCAUUUGCGCUUGGUGCGGUCUUCCCCUUUCGGUAUCCCAUGCCUCGGAAAUGAGCAGCCGACCCUUCAGUGCGAUGCUUUCGAACGCGAAGACAGAGGCCGAGAUGGUGCUCGUCGUAACACAAUCAAGGAAGAGUAACCUUCCAACAACGGCUUCGUCGCGUCUCAGAGAGAGCCGUGCUGGUGCUGCGAGUCGGGCGUUUAGGGAGCACCACGAGUCGCUUAUCUCUGCUGCAGCCGAGCACCGAUCGCCGGGCGCCGAGCCCGAAGAGGGAAGGACAAGCUUCCCAGCACCGGCACAUCCUGGCGCGGCAUGCGUCCUUUUCUCGAGAGAUUUGUGGGCAUGCUCUGAUUGGUGCCGCGGCGGGCCCGUGUUUGUGAUAGGUGGCUGGCCCUCAUCCGGGCAGUUGUCGGGGACCAAGACGGCGCCGGCGACUCUUGUCCCAGAGGUCCUGUUUAUUGAUGGCAGCCCUCCAACAUGUUGGGAUCGGUCGCUGGUCGAUGCCAUCACCGUCCGACCGCGUAUGGUGCGCACUGUAUCGGGCCCGCUGGCAGCAUGGGCGCGGCAAAGGCUGGCUGAGGACGUCACGCCGAUGAGAAAGGCUCGGCUGCAUAUCCCCGCAAGCCGUCGAUGUCAUGGUUCUUGAAACCGGAGGCGGGUGAUUGGCUGCGGAGGGGUGCAUAAGCGUCCGCCAAGGGCUUGGCCGCCGCUUCGGAUUGAUGUGCAUGGAUCAGAGCGUUGCUGGCGCGAACGAACGGGCGCUGGUCGUGCAUAAAAUUUCUG